AUGUUACCAAUGUCAUCUUCAAAUCAUCAUACACAUAUGGAAACAAGUUGGAAAACAUAUUAUGAUGCAAAAAAAAUUCUUCGUCAAACUGAACAACGUUUAAAAGAAACACGUGAUUAUUAUCCACAUGUUCAUUUAAAUAAUCAUUAUGAUAAUAAUAAUGAUUUAUCAACAUUAUCAUCAUCAUCAUCAUCAUAUUUAUUACAUGGUGAUACAUCAUUAAUUCAUGCUGGUAAUAGAUCAAUAUUAAAUGAUGAUCGUACAAUUAAUACUAAACAUCAACAAUUACUUGAUUCAGAAGCAUUACAAACAAUUCGUAGAAAAAUUAGUAAACAAAAAUUAGCAGCAGAACGUCGUGCUGAAAAUAUAUUUCAUUCUCAAUCAGAUGCUGGUCAUAUGUUUGAAUCAUAUCAACCUCAUAGUACAUAUUCAACUUCUGCUAGUUUACAAAAUCUUCAUUAUUCUCCAUAUCGUCAACAACGUAUUUCACCUCCAAAAUUUCAACCAUCAUAUACAACACAUCUUUCUCAAUCUCAAUCAUUUCCAUCAGAACUUGAUAAUGUUCUUCGAACUUCGACAAAUUCAAAAAUUUUACAUAAAAAUAAUGAUUUUGAACGACAAACAAUUCAACAAUCAAAUAUACAUAAAAUACCUAAACAUAUAUCGAAAGAUAAUUAUUCAUUAACGAAUGGUCGAUUAAUUCAACAACGUAGUACAAGUGCAUCGAAUAGUCUUACAACUAGAUAUCAAGAUCUUCCUUCAUCUCAUUAUUUAAAUUCAAAUGAUAGUCAACGAUUAAAACAUGUUGUUCGUCAUGUUGAAUCUUCUGCUCAUACUUCAUCAGGUUUAAGUGCUAAAACAAAUUUAAUAACAUCAGAACCAAUUGUUGCUAAAAAAUCAUCAUCAAUAUCUCAACAAGAAAAAUUAUUAAAAAAAAAACCAAUAACAGAAAUAAUUAAUAAACGAAUAAAAACAGAUAUUGAAGAAUCAUUAAAUUAUACAAAUCAACGAACAGAAAAAAUAUUUAAAUCAAAACGUGAUACUAGUGCGUCGAAACCAUCUAGUAUUAUUACAGAAAAAACCCCAUUAAAACCACCAUUACCGAAACCAAAAUCUGAUGAUGAAAAUAAAAAAUUUGAAGACUUAAUUCAAAAAAAACGUCAACAACAUGAUGAAAUUUUAUCAAAUGAAAAAUAUUUAAAAGAUGAACAAGAUAAAAUACGACGAGAUAAAUAUAAAAAAUUCAAUGAACCAAUUAAAGAAAAUUCUCAUCAAUCAUUAACAAAAAGAACAACAUCAGCAUUUACACCUAUAACACCAAAAGAUUUAACAGAACAAACACGUCAACGUUUAGUUCAUUUGCUUGGACCAUCUUCAGAUUAUCUUACAAAUAAAUCAUUGGAAUCACCAUCUUCACUUGAACAUUCAUUAUCAUCAUCGAUUUCUUCAUCUAAUGAUUCCGUAGUUGAAGUUCAACAAAUAAAAUCAAAUGAUCCUAUAACAGUACGAUCACGUUCAGAACCACCUAUACAAAAUGGUGGUACUAAUAACAAUGUACAUCGUCAGGAAAAUUUACUUCGAUGGGCUGGUAAUUUAACAAGAGAUUGUGAUAUUGUAGAAAAUAGAUUUAAAUAUUUACGAUCAAAUAGUACACAACCAUAUGAUACUAUUUCAUCAUUAUAUCAACAUGAUGAUGGAAAUUUACGUUAUCAAACAUUAAAUUCUGAAACAAUAACACAUUUAAAUCAAUCAUUAUCAAAUAUAAAUGAUCAUCGAGAUUUAUUAUUAGAACGACGUAUAUAUCGUGAUCGUGCUGCAGCUAAAAUUCAAGCAGCAUAUCGUGGUUAUACUGUACGAAAAUCUUUAUCAUGGUUAAAUGAUAAACAAAAAUAUUUACAUGAUAAAUUUAAUAAACGACCAAUUCAUCGAGAUACAACAUCAAUUAAUAUUGAUAUACGUUUAACAAACGAUAAUUUUCCUAUUGAUUCAACACAUCGACGUUAUGAAAAUGCAUCAAUCAAUAAUUAUCAACAACAAUCUAUACGAAAAAUAACAACAUUACCAUUAUAUUCUGAUGAUUAUGAUAAUAUUCCAAAUGGAUCAAUAUCAAAUUUAUCAACACCAAUUAAUCAUAAACAAAUACCAAUAAUAACUGCAAAUUAUUUAUUAGAUUUACCAAAUACAAAUUCUUCAAUAUUAACAACAUCUAUACCUUCACCUGAAUCUCAUGUACCAUUAGAUAAUGAACGUCGUCGAUCUAUAUCACCACCUUUACCACCACAAAUGUCUCCUGAUAAUGGUCGUCCACUUCCACAUUUAACACAAAAUUUAAUUGAUGAACAUAUUGAUAUAACAAAACGAUUAAAAACAAAUUUACGUUCACAAAAUUCUCCAGUUAAUACAUUAUCUCAACAACAAUCAAUACGAAAAUCUCCUAUUCAACAAUUAUCAUCAUCUUCAUCAUCAUCAUCAUCAUCAUCAACAAUUAAGAAUCCAAAACGUCGAUCACCAUCUCCACCACCAUUACAACAACAAACAAUAAUAAAUACACAUUCACGUCAUCGUACUCCACAUAAUUCAAGUCCUCCAACAUCUUCAUCUGAAUCGUAA